AGGCCGUCAGAGGUUGGCUGAGCCUGUCAGUGUAGUGGCAGCUCUGUGUGAGGAGUGUGUAUUGCUGUGUCGGGAUGCUGUGUGUGUCGGAGCGCUCUCCUGUGCAGUGCAGGCUGAGCUCCACAAACAUGCCGGGCGGUAUCCGUCUCCUCCUCCUCCUCUUCUGGCUUCUUGGGAAUACUGCUGCACACAGCCCUAAAGAGAACACCCCACUGACUUUGAAAAAUGAAAAGGGUGGGUUGCCUACUCCAUUAGAAAUUGGAGAAAUUGUCUUUGUGAUACAGAGUCAGAGUAAUUCUUUCCAUGAGAUCAAAGCACAUAACCUACGAGAAAACAUUCUGAAACAGGCAGCUGCAAUUAGCAAGAAAGUGCCCCCUGUGAUACUGCUGCAUGAGACAGUGGAAAAUGAAGGAGCAUGGACUGUUCUUCCUGUUAUUCCACAUUUUGCAGAUACGUAUGGCAGGAAUUCAUCGUGGAUAUUCUUCUGUGAAGAGGACACCUCUGUGAAAGUUCAAAAGGUGUUGGAAACAUUGCAGAGAUAUGACAGGUCUAAGAACUACUUCUUGGGCAAAGCAUUGUAUGAUGAGGAAUCUACUAUAAUUCACCAUUACGCAUUUGCUGAAAACCCAUCUGUUUUCAAAUAUCCAGAUUUUGCUGCUGGCUGGGCUCUCAGUAUACCACUUGUACAAAGGCUUGCUAAGAUUCUUAUUAAGGAUCCACCAACUUCAGAUUUUACAAUAGACUUGAAACAUGAGAUUGCCUUAUACAUAUGGCAGAAAGUUGAUGGCCAGGAACUUACAUCUGUUCCAGAGUUUUGCACAAAAAAUCCUACUUCCCCCAAAGCAGUGGGAUGUGCCACUGCAUUCGUCAAUACGCUACCUCUCUGUGGCAACCCUGUGAAGAAGGAUGACCUGUUUGUGGCUGUAAAAACGUGCAAAAAAUUUCACAAAGACAGAAUUCCUGUUGUCAAGCAGACAUGGGAGAAGGAAGCAGUACAUCUCGAGUAUUACAGUGAUCAUACAGACUCCACUAUCCCAACAGUAGAUUUAGGGAUACCAAAUGUUGAAAGAGGACACUGUGGGAAAACGUUUGCUAUUUUGGAAAAGUUUUUAAAGUCUAAUAUGUCACACACACACUGGCUUGUGAUUGUAGAUGACGAUACACUAAUCAGUCUCCCAAGAUUACAAAAACUGCUCAGCUGCUAUGAUUUUAAUGAAGCCGUCUUUUUGGGAGAGCGUUAUGGUUAUGGAUUAAGCGCAAGAGGUUACAAUUACAUUACUGGUGGAGGCGGAAUGGUGUUCAGCAGGAGAGCAGUAAAGGAGUUUAUAGGAAGUAAAUGUCGGUGUUACAGCAACGAUGCUCCAGAUGAUAUGGUGCUGGGGAUGUGUGCCAGUGGCCUUGGAAUUCCUGUCACUCACAGUCCACUCUUUCAUCAGGCAAGACCGGCUGAUUACUCAAGGGAUUUCCUUUCACACCAAGUUCCGAUAUCUUUUCACAAGCAUUGGAACAUUGAUCCAGUGAAAGUAUAUAAUACCUGGCUGGCACCCAACAGGAGGCAAGACUUGAAAGGAAAAAAAUAUUUGAAGGAAGAUCUUUGAUUUUCAUUGUUUUUCUCUUCCUAAAGACUUCUGAAGAGAUGCUGCACAAAUUCAUAUUAGAUGUAGCUGUGGUUGAAAUUGUGAAAGGUAUAGGUUUCCUAUGGCCUCCUUAUGCUAUAGGCAGCCAUUUUUUGUGAUUGAUCAGCGUUCAGCCUUUUACUUUGACACAAUAAUAUCAGAGAAGGAUGAGAUGCCGAGUGCAGUUUAUAUGGAAGCCCCCACAAAAUGGCUGCUUCCAUGCUUGGUGAGAUGAUUACUGUUGAUUUCUCCUAUGUAGCAAAGUGUCUACCAUAAGAGCUCUUUGUAGUAUCCUGUGAGAACCAAUUGGAAACAAGUUAUUUUUAACCAAAGUAGCCUGCCUUGUUUCUGAUUUGUUGCUCUGGGAUGAUACAUGCAGUCUUAUUGUGGUUGUGAUGCUCAACAAGGAAAUGUCUUAUUUUUAAGUCUGAUUAGGGUUAAUGUGAAGAAUAAUGAGGAAAGGCAAAAGUGGCAGCGUUACUUAUAAGCACUAAUUUUUAGAUCAAUUUUUCUGGCUGCACUAGAAAAAAAAGACAAAGCUGAAAUUUGAUUGGAUGCUUCAGGUAAGAACUCCACAUUUCCUUUUCUCUGGAUUCAUAUGGAGCAAUUGUAAAUAAAAGAGCCACAUGUCUCAAAUUA